GGGCAGGACUUUGGCAUCGUCUCACUAAUUCCACUCGUGUUUUUGGGCUAUGAGCAGGUGAGAUAGCAGCAUAUACGUACGAUAAAUUGUUGCAGAAGGUCGAGGUGAAGGGUUUGUUGCGUUUUCUGGGUAGCAGAGUGUGGGAUUCUCACUCUCUGUCUCUCUGUCUGGGUUUUUGGGGAGACGAUAGGUAGUAGAUAAGAGGAUGUCUGUCGGCAUUAAACACGUGGCGUUUGGGCGACCGGCUCAGAGUGCGGCAUGGUUUGUACUAUACGAGGAUGGCUCCCAGGCGUGGUCCGGGUUCCCCACGUCUCUCCACAACAAACUUAACGGGCGUAAGAAAUCUCUUCCCGGCGUGGAAUACCUCGCCAUGUCAGACUCUCGCUCAUGCUCCUGGUUCGUCCGAUUCGAAGAUAAGACGUAUAGAUGGGAGACGGAGAACGAGAAGUUGGACAGGUGGUUGCGCGAGGACACGGUGUCGAAGGUCGUUUUCGGACCGGGCGACGGCUACUUCGUCAUUUUCGAGGACGGAUCCACCGCCUGGGAUGGACUCCCGCGUAGUCUUCACAACAAAUUGAUCGGUCGUCAGAAAUCCCUGCCGGCGGUCAAAUCGCUGGCCAUCAGCAGCUCCGGGGGUUGGUUCGUGAUCUUCGAGGACGGGCAGUUCAGCUGGAUGGGUCUUCCCAAGUACCUUAACGAUGCGCUGCGUCAGAAUGUCGAGGUGAAGUUCCUCACUCUGUCACCCGAUGACAAUCAGUCGUACUUCGUGGAGUUUGAGGAUGGGUUUCAGGAGUGGAGUUACACCGAAGAAUUUGCGCGGGAGAUCAAGAUCGAUAGCUCCGCGGCGGGAGGAGGGGACAGAGAUGGCGGCGGUCGAGGAGAGGGGGCGGUCGAUGGAGGUGUCGGUGCGUCGAGUGACGAGGAAGAUGGCCCGGUCGGCGUUGGAGGUGCCGGCGGGGGGGAUAGCAGGUGGUCGCCGGCGCCGCAGACGCAGCCGCCCUCCCUUCGCAAACCCAAACCCAUGAUGAUGAUUGGUGUUCGCGGGACGAUGGAUGGAAUAGGAGGAGGAGGAGGUGGGUGUGAUUCUCCGAUGGGUGCUAUUCGAUCUCCUCUGACUCUUCAUUCCCGUCCGUUGAUGAACUUCAGAUCGACGUCGAUGGGACACGUGGCGGCGGCGCAUUUGCCGCCACCAUCGCCCGCGGGGAUGCUGGCGGGGCCCCCGGCAGGUGUUCCAUCGUCGUUGAUGAUGUCUGCCAAAGACUUGGCAUCCCCGACACCGGCGACGUCGUCGAUGAUGACUCCUCCCGGGGCCGCUGCAAGCAUUCCCCCUGGAGUGGCGGCGGGUGCAGCGGAGGGAGACGGGUGUGAAGAGGAGAGGGAACUCGAAAUCGACCCUAGAGAUAUCCGGUACACACAGGAGGUGAUUAGCUCACGCUUUCGAAACGGCAGGAGCUUGUAUGAUGCGGUCCGAGAUCUUCAGUACGGCUAUCUGACCCCGAACGAUUUCCCGCCAAUUCGGGUCGUCACCAGUCGGAAAGAAUUAUUCGCCGCUCGUCCAUUGGAAGUGGUCAUCGUGCCUGAUCCGUUUACCUCAGCCGAUCGGUAAAGCCGUAACGCAAGCCAGGUGGAUAUCGUGUUUCCCCUCAUUAUCCGUCACCUUCUCUCCCCUUCUCUCGUACCCGUUCGAGAGGGAAUGCUGAUGGUGAGCUCUGUGUGUGUGUGUGAGAGAGAGAGAGAGAGAGAGAGAGAGUCGUACCCGUUCGACAGAGUUAUUCGGCGCUCGUCCAUUGGAAGUGGUCAUCGUGUGAUCCGUUCACCUCAGCCGAUCGGUGAAGCCGUAGCGCAAGCCACGUCGAUAUCGUGUUUGCCCUCAUUAUCCGUCACCUUCUCUCCCCUUCUCGUACCCGUUCGAGAGGGAAUGCUGAUGGUGAGCUGUGUGUGUGUGUGUGUGUGUGUGAGAGAGAGAGAGAGAGAGAGAGAGAGAGGAAUGGGUAAGUAGGGCAGGAAAGUUUGUCGGCUUAUGUGGCCGUAUCUCUCCGUGCGGUCUUUUUUCUUAUUCGUGGUAUUCUUCUCCCAAUGAUUCCUGCUCCUUAUUUUUCCCAACCCCAAACCCCCGCCCCCUCCUCUCUUCUUUCUCCCCUUUGUGGCAUUCUCUAUCCCCCCAGCGAUUUUGCUUGUUUUCCUUGAAAUCUGAUUUUAUUUUCGUGAGGUUUGAAGUCGUCCGUCCGGUCGUCGAGGAGCGGUAGUGGAGGAGGAAAGAGUAGAGCUGUGAGCGGGGGGGUUUCUAUUUUCGUGUUCGAUAGGGUUUACGGUGUUGUCCUCUUUUGGAAAUUUCGGCGGCUCUGUCAUGCGCGGAAAUGACAAACGCUGGCUUAUAUAUAGAUGGCGGUAGUGGCAUUGUUUUCUCUUCUUUUUUUCUCUACUUUUGCUGUUUUACUCCCACUCCCCUUUCGGAGUCGUAGUGUCGAAUUGUCAUUGGUUGGAACUGUCGAGUCUCUUGUCGACGUCCUCACACCGAAUUUAUUAAUAAUAACCUUCUUUCUGCCGGAUAAAAUAGAAAAUUUACCCAUUUCUCUCUCGAUAUGAUUGAUCGGUCGACGGAAGGGGGACAAAGAAUGGGAUUUUCAGAUCGGAAGUUGCGAGGCGAGGAAAGAGGUCACGCAGCCUGAGGAGAUUUUAGCCAUGGGACUUGACCAUACCGGAACGAAACAUGUUGUUGUCAUUUAUAUAUACUGUCGGGUCUCUUGUCGACUUCCUCGCGCAGAGUGUAGUAAUCGAUUAUAACCUCUUUUUUUUUGCUUCGGCCGGAUAAUGAAAAUUUUACCCGUUUCUGGAUGUGUCCGUCUGGUCGACGGAUGAGCAAAUGGGUCUUUUCACGGAAGUUUCGAGGCGAGAAGAGGUUGGGGCAGUCUGAGGAGAAUAGCCAUUGUGGACUUUGACAGUAGAGAAACUUCCGCAAGUUGUCGUUGAAGACGAAACUGUUGAGUCCCUUGUCGACAUCCUCGCGCACGGAAUUGAGUAGUAGACUUUUUUUGAUUCUGGCGGUCAUUUCUUGAGGAUCGAUCCGAUGAUCGAUCGUACGACAAAAGGGAAGAGAUGGGUUUCUCGGAAGUUUCGAGGCGAGAAGAGGUUGCGGGAGCCUGAGGAGAAUAGCCAUUGGACUUGACAACAACAGUGAAUACGGAUCAUUGUUUUUGUGCAACAUGAGCAGGGUGAGUUGUUUUUGUUUUCCUGCGGUGUGUAAGAGCGGGUGUCAUCUACUGUGAAUUAUGUGUGUGAAUACGAACAGAAGAGAGAGAGAGAGAGAGAGGGAGGUAAUCUCAGUUCAUAAAGUAGUUAGCGUGCAUGAUGGUGGUGGGCUUGUUGUAAACCGUCUAUUCUAUUGCGAUGUCUCUUUGCCCCCUCCUUCCUUGGCCUACUUCCUUGCUCCCCCCCUCCCCGUCCCCCCCAAUGAAUCACCACCAAGGCU